UGCAUAGAUAUUAAACAUUAGUUUAAUAUAUAUGAGAUAAUGCCACCUCUAUCUGUAUUGUAGGUAUUCUUGUAAUUUUUUACCUAUAGCCUUAGAAAAUACUUCUCCUUUAUUAUACUAUACUCAGCUGCUUACAUCAUGUCAUCAGCUAAAGAAGUUUUCAAAUGUAGCUUUCAAUUUUUGGCUGAACAAUCAGAUAAUGUUGUAAAAGAUUUUUUGAGGCUCACGAAAGAUUUUAUGGACAAAGGACCCAAUUCUAAUCUUUAUAACAAAGCUGCAGAAAAAUUGGAGAUUGACGAAGAAAAAAUUAUUUUAAUUAUAAAAAGUUUAUGUCUGAUGUGCGUGCAAAGCUGUAAGCAUAGGUUAACUAAUGAAGAGAUAAAAGAAUCACUUUUGGAAUAUGGUCUGAAUGAUACUAAAUUGGAUAUGAUAAUAUUAUUUUUUGAAAGUCAAAAACCUUAUUUAUUAGAUAUUCUAUCAUCUAGUGCCUUUGUAUUUCCACACUUUAAGGAACUGGAGUGGCGAUUUGAAACUGAUAUGGGAUCCAGAUCAUUAUUAAGUCAAACAGUACCAGUUGUUACAUUGAGAUUAGACUUGGAAAAAAAAAAUUUUUCCGAAUCAUUAUUCUUACAAACAAAUCCAUUGAAUUUGGUACAUAUCAAGGAUACACUAGAGGCUGCUUUAAAACAGAAUCAAUCCCAAUGGAUAAGGAAAAUACGUAGAAAAUUGAAAUGAAGGUUUUAUGAAACUUACCUUCACAAUGAAAUAAUAUGCGUAAAUGAUAAUCAACAACGGCAAGAAGUAUGCAAAACAUGCGUAUAUAAA